AUGGCUCAGCCAAAUGCCGAGCCCGUCGAGGAAUACGACUAUGAAUCGCUCCCGCCCAACUUCUCGUUGUUGCAGAACAUGGCUGCCGGCGCUUUCGCCGGCAUCGCCGAGCACUGCACAAUGUACCCUAUCGACGCUAUCAAGACACGAAUGCAGAUAGUCAACCCCACUCCUUCGGCAGUCUACAAUGGAGUGAUCCAGGGCACCUACCGGAUGGCAAGCACCGAGGGCAUCCUGAGUUUAUGGCGCGGCAUGUCCAGCGUCAUCGUCGGGGCCGGCCCUGCGCAUGCCGUCUACUUUGCGACGUAUGAGGCGGUGAAGCACCUUAUGGGCGGGAACCAGGCCGGCGUCCACCAUCCACUCGCCGCCGCCACCAGCGGUGCAUGCGCGACCAUUGCCAGCGAUGCCCUGAUGAACCCCUUCGAUGUCAUCAAGCAAAGGAUGCAGAUCCAAAACUCGGCCAAAAUGUACCGCUCCAUGUUCGACUGCGCCAAGUAUGUGUACAGGAAAGAGGGGCUCGCCGCCUUUUACGUGUCGUACCCGACAACGCUGUCGAUGACGGUGCCCUUCACAGCGCUGCAGUUCCUCGCCUAUGAAUCCAUCUCGACAUGGAUGAAUCCGGCCAAGAAGUACGAUCCCUUUACGCACUGUCUGGCGGGGGCGGUGGCGGGCGGUUUCGCCGCGGCGCUGACCACGCCCAUGGACGUGAUCAAGACGAUGCUUCAGACGCGGGGUAACGCUGCGGACCCCGAGCUGCGGUCGGUCAACGGCUUUGCUGCUGGGUGCCGGUUAUUGUUACAACGAGAGGGCGCGCGUGGCUUCUUCAAGGGUGUGCGGCCCAGGGUGUUGACCACCAUGCCGAGCACGGCGAUCUGCUGGUCCGCCUAUGAGGCGUCUAAGGCUUACUUUAUCCACCACAACGAUAACUCGUCAUCAUCAUGA